CUACUAGAAACAUUAUUUUUUUAUCAAAAAAAUGGUGCAAAUAAAUAUGAAAAUUGCAAUUUCAUUAGUGAUUGUGAUAAUUUUCUUGAGAUGGAUAUGGAAAUUCUUGGAUUGGGUGUGGAUUCAUCCAAAAAAAAUGGAAAAAAGACUCAAAUUGGAAGGUUUCAAAGGAAGUUCUUACAAGUUUUUACUUGGAGAUAUGAAGGAAAUGAAUUCAAUGGUUGAAGAAGCAAAAUCCAAGCCUAUUAAUUUCACUAAUGACUAUAUUUCUAGAGUUUUCCCUCACUUCAACAAGUUCAUGAUGCAAUAUGGUAAGAAUUGUUAUAUAUGGUUGGGUCCAAAACCAACAAUGUUGAUCUCAGAGCCUGAAUUUAUAAGGGAAAUUUUAUCAAAAAGUUAUAUUUACCAAAAAAUUCAAGGCAAUCCAAUCACUAAGUUACUAGCACAAGGGCUAGCAAGUUAUGAAACAGAGAAAUGGGCUAAGCAUAGAAGAAUUAUCAACCCUGCAUUUCACCUUGACAAGUUGAAGCACAUGCUACCAUCAUUCUACUUGAGUUGUUGUGACAUGAUCAACAAAUGGGACAAUAUAGUUUCAUCAAAGGGAUCAGAGGUAGAUGUAUGGCCAUUUUUGCAAACUUUGACAAGUGAUGCAAUUUCAAGAACAGCAUUUGGUAGUAACUAUGAAGAAGGGAGGCAAAUAUUUGAGCUACAAAAAGAACAAGCUGAUUUAAUUAUACAAGCAGCAAGGUGGAUUUACAUCCCUGGAUGGAGGUUUGUGCCAACAAAAAGGAACAAGAGGAUAAAACAAAUAGCAAAUGAAGUAAGAUCAUUAGUGUUGGGAAUUAUCAACAAUAGAAUAAAGGAAAUGAAAGAAGGUGAAGCUACAAAAGAUGAUUUAUUAGGUAUAUUAUUGGAAUCAAAUUUCAAAGAAAUACAAAUUCAUCAUGAAAACAAGAAUUUUGGAAUGACAAUUGAUGAAGUGAUUGAAGAAUGCAAAUUAUUUUAUUUUGCUGGUCAAGAAACUACUUCAGUAUUACUUGUUUGGACUUUGAUUUUAUUGAGUAAACAUUUGGAUUGGCAAGAAAGAGCUAGACAAGAAGUUCAUCAAGUAUUUGGAAGUAACAAGCCUGACUAUGACAUGUUGAAUCAAUUGAAAGUUGUAACAAUGAUAUUCAAUGAGGUUCUAAGGUUGUAUCCACCAGGAGCUAUGAUUGGUAGAAGAGUACAAAAAGAGACCAAAUUAGGGAACUUGUCAUUGCCUGCUGGGAUGUUACUAUUGUUGCCAACAAUUUAUUUGCAACAUGAUAAUGAAAUAUGGGGUGAUGAUGCAAAAGAGUUCAAUCCAAAGAGGUUUAGUGAAGGAGUUAAUAAAGCAACAAAGGGUAAAUUUGCAUAUUUUCCAUUUAGUUGGGGACCAAGAAUAUGCAUUGGACAAAAUUUUGCUAUGUUAGAGGCAAAAAUGGCACUUGCAAUGAUUCUACAACACUAUGCUCUUGAGUUAUCUCCAUCUUAUUCACAUGCUCCUCAUACAAUUAUCACUCUCCAACCUCAACAUGGUGCUCCAUUGAUUUUGCGCAAGUUGUAGGAUCGGUUCACAUCAGAACUCUGAAGUUAAAGCGUAUUUGGAUGAGAGUCUAUAGUACUAGAAUGGUUGGCCCUAAGAAAUCUCAUGUUGCAUUCCUUCUUUAUCCAUCUCCAAUUUGUGUUGUAAUUGUUAAGUUUGCUUGUAUGAGACGUAAAGUCCUCGUGUUGAAUUUCUCCUUUAAACAACCUUAGUUUGUUUGGGAUUGAGACGUAAUUAUUGUUGUUGUU